AGUUAUUAAGUAACCAAGCAUGUUGUCGAGUGAUGCUUGGAGGUUAACAUUAUCAUAUUGACCAUUGAUUGUUCUUAAAAAACAAACGUAAAUACUAUUAAAGUGAAAAAUAGAAGGAAAUAUGUUUGAUGAUUGCAUUCAUUCAAUUGAGUGAGAGAAAUAUUUAUUCAUAUCAAAUUUGAGUUGUUGUGAGGUAGGGAAUGAAUUUUUCGUCGAGGCAGAAUUUAUUUAAGUAGUAAAGGGGUAAAGAAUAACAAGUCGAUUUAAUUUAGUUCAGUAAUUCUGUGGAGAAGUGAGAUAAGUAGAAGUUAACAUUCUUUAUAAUUACUAAUUUAGGAAGAACACAUUAAAGAACUUUUGAUAGAUCAUUAAAUUUCGAAUAAAAGAAGAUUUCUGGCAGUUGCUUCUGAAAUCAAUAGGAAAUCAAUGGAUACUCAAUAAAAAUCAAAUUUGACUCGUCUCACUAUAUCUCGCUGGUGAUAUGUAAGUUAACGAGGAAUAUGUGCGAAUUUAAGAGAGAUAGUGAAAUUUUUCUGAAGAUUUUGUUUGAGCUCUUGAGAAUAAUUCCGAUAUCUCUCUUAUAUUCAGGGAUAUUUCUCGAAAUGUUGGUUAGAGAACAAGUCGAUUUGCUACUUCUUACCUCUUUACUAAUAAUUUGUAGAUGCAUAUUCGAAUAGUCGCAAAUAAUCAGUCAUGACAUAGAAUAUUUGCGAAAUACUUGAUCUCAUGACAAUAAAUGAAUUAAAUAUUUUUUCGAUUCAAAAGGUCCAGAAGAGAACAGAAUUCGUCGAGUAUUUGGAACAUUUUUCUUGUUUUGAUACUCGAAGAAUUCCAAUUUCCGUUUAUUAAAUCCAUCAGUGGAUUUAAUUGUUGAUUUUUAUUUUCGUUUGGUGUUAGUAGUUAGACGUUUUUUAAAGCUAGAUAUAAUAGUCCGAAUCAUGCUGUCUCCGAAUUUAUCAAGUCAUAUUAAAAUAUUUAGGUGCGUGAUUGUAAGCGAAACAGUUACAAUUUCUGCUGAUGUAUUCAAUUUUCCAAUAAUCAAUAAAAUUUGUAAAAUCAGGGGAUAUUGAAGAUCACCAGAGAAUAGAAAGAAUUUGGUAUUGUAGAAUUUUUGAGUGAAAUAAUUUGUCAAUGCCAAAAAUUAGGAUUUCAUAAAAGUAAUAGAAUUCUGUAUAAAAUAAUGAACCAAUAAUAAUGAGUGAAUUAUAAUCACUUUCAACGAGUUUUGUUUGAUUAAAUGAUUUUUUUUUAUAAGAUUCUCCUGAUGUGGAUAUCAUUAUUACCUACAGAUGGCAGUUGGUGAAAAUGUGAAGGUUAACUCAUGAUUAAUUCUACUAAAUAAUGAGAGACAACGUGUGCAGAUGACAACAGAAAGUUGGGAAAUGUUUUGUAGACGAGAUUUUAAAAAUUUUUAGAGACAAUUGUUAAUUCAUUCCAAUCAUUAUAAUAAUGGCGCAAAGUUCAUUGAGUUUAGCUGAGAAAACGUUCAUUCUUCAUGGAGUUGAUAUUUGGCUUACAGGCAGAUUUUCGGACAGAUGGACGUUCUCGUCUGGAAUAUCGUGCAUUCGAGAUAGAGACAAACGUAAUGCCACAAACUAAUGGUUCAGUUCGUCUGAGAAUAGCAAAUACGGAUGUCUUGGUAACUGUUAAAGUGGAAAUUGAUUCUCCAACCCUCGAUCGGCCUAACGAGGGAAAAAUCGAGUUCUUCGUUGAUUGUUCUGCAAACGCAACCCCAGAAUUCGAAGGCAAAGGUGGUGAGGAGCUGGGCAGUGAAAUUAGUAAUGUACUGACGAAUGCUUAUCAAUCCUCCAACGGACUAGACCUGACGAUGUUGUGUAUUUUGCCUCAUAAAAAAUGUUGGAAGAUGUACAUCGACGUAUUGAUUUUACAGUGCGAUGGAAACUUGUUCGAUGCUAUUGGAGCAGCUGUGAAAUGCGCUCUUUUCGCCACAGAAAUUCCUAAAUUAACUACUGCUGAAGUCGAUGGUGAUGACGCAGAUAUUCAGUUGUCGGAUGAUCCAUUCGAUUGUAUCAGAUUGAACGUUGACAAUUACCCAGUUCUCGUUACUCUGUGCAAGAUUGGAGACAACUGUGUUGUGGAUCCAACAACAGACGAGGAAUUGUGUGCAGCUGCUAAUGUCGUGGUGUCAGUGACACCAAAGGGAAGAAUCACCUCCAUUGUAAAAACAGGAUAUGGAAGUCUCCAAACGUCUACAUUGCUAAAAACUCUAGAGAGUGGAAAAGAAGUGGGGAAGAGAUUGAACGAGACUCUGAUGGCAGCCCUGAGAAAAGAAGAGGCUCUCGGACCACAGCGACCUAUAUUUGGUUUUCUUGGAUGAAUAAUAUACGAAGGGGAAUUAUAUUUAAGAAUAAGGACCAUUUCAUUUGAUUAAAAAAAUACUAAAAACA